CUUCUCCACUCUAACCUAAAUUUCCUUCCUAUAUGUAAAAAUCAACGACGAUAAGCGGUUAGGUACCAAUCGAGUUGUACCAUGUGCUUUUUCACUAUUCUUGUAUAAAUUUCAACAUGAAGAUCCCAUAACAUAAGCUUUUCCCCUUCUUCCUAUAUCUUAGUCUCUCGCUGCUAUCGUCUGUACAUAACCAGCUUUAAUAAUAAGUUAAUAUACAAUUAAAUGAACUAUUCACGUAUUGCACCAAACAUUAAGCCUUAUACAGCUCAGCAAAAUAUGGCUAGUGAAGCUUCUCAAUCAUAUCCGAGCAACUUAUAUCCUCAACAACAGCAAAGUGUCACAUAUCAAGCAUCACAUUCUUCUGAUCACCAGCCUAUCUAUCGUCCGGCAUAUCGUAGAAUUCCGUAUACAUCUUUUUCCACGUCGCAAUUACCAAAGAGCUCGUUCGCCUCAAUGCUGCCUGAACCUGCGCCUAUUAUCGUUCCAUCGCAACAACAUUUCCUUCCUUUUCCAAAUCUAAAGGUAUCUUCAGAUCAGACUGAAUGUACUUUAACGGAUAAGCAGUCUGCAACCUCAGGGUCCAUUAACAGCGCUGAUCAGAUACCACAGUUGCACGGAGAUUGUACAUUUGAGAAUGACUUAUCAAUUUCAUCUGUAUCGUAUGAGCAGACUCACCAGAAAGAAUUGGUGAAGGAUGUAUUCUUCUCCCCAGCCUAUAUGAUUAUCAGUGACAAUGUUCGCAGAGCAAGCUCUCAAUGCGACUGGUCUUCUUCUGCUUCUUUAUCUGCUCAAAGUGACGAUGGCUCUGAAGUCAUGACAUCAUCUAUAUAUUCUGAUAAUACUCAAGAAACUCCAAGUGAUGUAUUAUAUGGUGAAGGCUCAAAUCACAGCAUUGAUAUUCUUGGUUUAGAGUUAAUUUCAGAAUCUUUACUCAUACUUGAUCAGAACGAUGACACUGGAAAAGAUAUUGCUUGCCUUAAUUCCAACGAUAAAAUGAACAGAAAAUUAGCAUAUAAGCAAACAGCUUUUGAAACAAUUAAUUAUCUACAUGGUGCCCAUGAUUUACCAACACAGUCAAACCUCUCAUCCACAAGAGGUACAAAUAAGUUUACACAAAACAAGCGACGACGUUCUGAUUCUGCGGUUCAACAGCAAUACAUUAACAAAAGAUCUCGUACAAAAGCAAACUCUGUUGAUUUUACUACACUCACUGAAAGACCACACGUAUUCUCUGCUACUACAUCCUCUCCGUUCGUUACUCCCAGUUCAUCUUUGGAACAUGAAUUUAACUUAGAUAGUUCUGAAUACUACCCUACUGUUGACAGUAACGAAGCGAAACCAAGUAAAUCUGCAGGAAACAGUCUAACUGUGGAACAAAGCCGAUUUGGUAAUGAAAUUUCAGACACUGCAAUUAACUUUCAACAUAAUCAAGAUGCCUUCUCAAUAAAAUUGGACGAAGAAGAACAUAUAUCAACGGCAGACGUACAGGAAGACGACCUAGACGUAAAUCAGCCAUAUACCUUAACGAAUCAGAAUUCCUUCAGCAACACUCAAAAACUUGAAGAAUCCGCUAAAGUUCCACCUCGCCCUACACUAUACCCAACCAUAUAUCAAAAGCUAACUGAAGCAAAUAUAGACUGGUGCCGCUAUUGUGGUACAACAGAGGGUGUCAAUUGGCGUCCAGGCCCAUGGGGAAAACGUACGCUUUGCAAGUAAAUAAGCACGGAUGUGAUUACAAGGGUUACGGUUUUGC